ACAACUCCCAGUGACACUGGAACCGUAGACAUAAACACAGGCCUCUUGUCUGCUUGAGGGCCUCAGAUCAAUACCUGGCCCUUGGUCAUAGCCCAGGCCCGGGCAUCUCCCUGGACUUGGGUGGCCAGCUGGCCAUUCACAUUUGCCUGUUUCUCACCACCCUCACCUCUCCAGAUCUGCCUCUCUUCCCAGCCCAUGAACCGUUCCACGUCUCCCUCUCUUCCACCUCCCUGCCUUGUACUUUUUCACCAUAAUGGUGCCCAAGUGUCCAGCGUCAGGGCUCACGGUUGGAUCAUAGGUGGCGCUUGGUUGAAUACUGCCCAUCCCAGCCACAAGGGAUGGCACAGAUCUUUCCCAUGGUCAGGCCUAGAGACCUUGGGUGAUACUUGUUAAGAUGGUACCUGAUUGUGUGGUGCUAGAGGCACCAGCGAGGCUCCUGGUUGAUUGUGACCCCUGCAGACCCAGAAAUCUUUGGGGUUGGGGCACCAUCUGUGUCCAUCGCCGAUUCUACAGUAAUCACUUUAAAAUAAGAUUCAUUAAUUUUAUUGUUUUAUGGGUAUGAGUAUUUUGUCUGUAUAUGCAUGGUGUGUGUGUGCCUGGUGCCCUUGGAAAUCUGAAAAGGGUAUUGUGUCCCCUGGGACACUAACUCCUGUCCUCUGUAAGAGCAACAAGUACUCUUCCUGCUGAGUCAACUCUCCAGCAACGCUUUUGAGUCAUAUAAAAUUGAGAUUGUUUUUGAGAUAGGGUCUCAUGUAGAACAAGGUGUCCUCAAACUAGAUAUAUCGUGGAGGAUGACCUUGAACUCCUGAUCUUCCAGGGUCAACCUGCCCAGUGCUGAGAUCACAGGCAAGACCACCAGACCCAGCUCCGGAACGGAACUCAGUACUUCCUUAAUGUUAAACUGACUGCCUACAGAGCUAUAGCCCUAGCCCCCAAGCUGAGAUUCUUUCUCUCCCAUUUUAAAUCUAGUGUGUGUUUCAUGUCUCAGUUGGGACCGACCACAUUUCAAAAGCAACAGGCAGCCACAGAUGGCUAGCGGUUACCUCUUCGGAGAGGUCCUCCACCGACACCAGGCAUCUCCUUACUGCUUUACCAGCUUUCAGAAAAUAUUUAAACUUUAUCUGCUUGUACGCAGUGUCAGCAUCUAUGUAUAACGUGUGUGUGUUAGUGCAGAUCCGUACAUGAGGAGGCCAGAGAAUAGCUUUCCGGACUUGAUUCUCUCUUUCCGCCAUCGGUUCCAGAGACCAAACGCAGGUAGGGGCCUUUUACCCCCUGAGUCGUCACUGCUGCCUCCUUGCUAGGUUUUUUUGAGUCAGGGUGUCAUGUAGCCGGGGCUAGCCUCCAACUCCUUUGUACCCGACGCUGGUCUUGACCUCUGGUUCUUCCAACCUCCACCUCCCAGGUGCUGCCAUUACAGGCCUGUGUUACUACUUUCCCGGUUUGUAAUCUUUGCAGCCCUCCCGGGUAUCUGCAUCAGACCCAGGAGCCUGGAAGGCUGGGGCGUCUGAGGCCCAGCCUCGUAAGGCCCGGCCCCCCAACAGCUCACAAGCUCCAGUGGCGGUCGUGGCGGGGAGGAGCCUGCAGGCCCCGGGCUGGCGGGAACGCGCGGCGCGAUCUCCGCGGACCAUGGCGGACCUCACGGUGUGCGCGUUCCUCACCAAGGUGCUGUGUGCUCACGGCGGCCGCAUGUUCCUGCAGGACCUGCGCGGCCACGUGGAGCUGUCGGAGGCGAAGCUGCGGGCGGUGCUGCGGCGCGCGGGCCCCGAGCGCUUCCUGCUGCAGGAGGUGGAGCUGCGCGACGGCCCGUGGGACCCGGAGGCCGAGGUGGCGGUGGGCGCGGGCUCGGGCUCGGGCGGCGGCGCCACGGCUUGCAGGGUGGUGGCCGUGUCCUCCGCCCGCCUCUGCGCCCGCUAUCAACGCGGGGAGUGCCAGGCUUGCGACCAGUUGCACUUGUGUCGCCGUCACAUGCUGGGCAAGUGCCCCCACCGCGACUGCUGGUCUACCUGCGCUCUGUCCCAUGAUAUCCACACACCUAUCAACAUCCAAGUCAUGAAAAACCGUGGACUUUUUGGCCUCAAUGAAGGGCAGCUUCGAAUUCUACUUUUGCAGAAUGACCCCUGCCUUUUCCCAGAGGUCUGUUUGCUGUACAACAAAGGUGGUGAUGUCCUUUAUGGCUACUGCAACCUCAAGGAUAAAUGCAACAAGUUUCACGUCUGCAAAAACUUUGUCCGGAGCGAAUGCACACUGAAGACCUGCAAGCGGUCCCACCAACUCAUUCACGCUGCCACCCUGAAGUUGUUAGAGGAUCAGGAACUGAGUGCUUCAAGUGUCGUGAAUUUCCAGAUAAUCUCUGACUACAAACACGCGAAGCUGCACAAGAUGCUUGAAGAUAAAGACAGCGCAACCUCUGCUGGGCACUCACAAGGCAUCGAGAAGCAAGGGGCUCCUGGGGCUGGGGCUGCAGAAGCCAAGCCUGUCCCUGCUCAAUCGCCCAGGAAGCCCCAGUAAACCUUAAAGAGUACAGAGGAAGUGAGAAGCAGCUUGUCCAUCUUGGAGGAUCAGAAGCAAGAUUCUGCUGAGCUGGACUUUGUAGCUAUUUUCUCUUUCCUGACUUAAUAGCAUUGGUAACUUAAUACCUUUCCAGGGUGGAAAAGAAACUGCACUUGUGGGUGAGGUUGGAGCAGGCAAAGAGAGGGUAAAAUUCUGAGCACAGUGGGGAUCAGUCCAGGGCAAAUCCUGAAGCUGUAACCUCUGUCUGCAGUUCUCGAGUGCCUUUCCAGCCCCGGCAUGGAGGGCAGGUUCCCACUGACAUUUCCUAGACUCCCUUCACACGCUUGCAUGGUCGACACCACAGAGUCUGUAUACUCUGCGUCUUACUUGUUACUUGGGUUUGUACAUAAUCCCUUUUGCACAGAAUUGUUCACAUAGUUGAAUUGCCUCCCUUAUUCUGGCGUAUUUCAAUACUCAUAACGUCUGAAUAUUUCAUUUUGUAUCAGAUGUAUUUGUGUCUUGUUUUGUAUGGAGUUUAAGAGCCCUUUGCUUGGCUUGUAGGUGCUAAACAAUGCUAUCCUUUGAUGCACAUUUCUUUAACUAUCUGUGCAGAUGAGUGGGUUUUUCUGCCCCUUCUUUUUGUAUGUCUUGAUUUCGUGAAUUUUCUAUAUGUUGCAUUUGUUGCUGGGGCCCUCUGUGCUAUCAUCCACACUGUGUCCAUAAUAUUCAACUUUAUGGGUCCAUCCCCAGUCAGUAUCACAGUUAAUACUCUUUGGUCUCUCACCAGAGUCUCUACCUCACCCCAGCCAAUUCUCUUUCUCUUACUGAGCCGACCAGAGCUCAGCUGCUAUACCUUGAAGGAUGUGUAGUUCAGUUCACUCCUUCCUCCAGUUGUAUCUGUCACUUCUGUGGAUGGGGACAGGUCAUCACACACACACACACACACACACACACACACACACACACACAC